AUGAACCACCCCAUCCGCUUCGUCUCUCUAGUCGGCAUCAUCGUCGCCCGGUCAGAAUACCCCACGCUAACCAUCCUCACGGUGGACGACAGCAGUGGCGCGAUAAUUGACGUCAUUGUGCUCAAAGCUCCGAUUACAGAUGACAAUGGCGACCAGCCCGUUCGAAGCGACAGAGGAGGGGAUCUGCAGUCUGCAUAUGCCACUAAGCAUGUUGCAGCUACCAAUAAGACAACCGUGGAUACAAAUCCCUUGGUCCCGGGCGUCGUGGUGCAAGUCAAGGGGACGUUAUCGACAUUCCGGGGUACAAUGCAAGUUCAAUUGGAGCGAGUUGCCGUGGUCCAGGACACAAACGCCGAAAUGCGAUUUCUGGAUCAGCGGAGUCGAUAUCUUGUUGAGGUGCUUUCUGUGCCAUGGAGUUUGACGGAAGAGGAUGUUGAAAGAUUGCGCUACGAGGCGGAUGAUGAAGAGGAGAGACUUGAGGAGGAGCAGGAGAGGAUAAAAAGACGACAGCGAAGACGGAUUGAGCGGGAGGAAAAGGACCAGAGGAGAAUUCAGAAGUUAUGGGAGCGGGAAGAGAGACUCAGAGCCAAGGAGGCUUUGUAUAGCCGGGACGCCGGAGCUAAAUUCAUGCGUGACUUCGAAGAAAGAAAGGUAUAG